AUGAAUAUACCUGUGGGGUUUGCUAGACAGGGGGAGACUCACAAGAAGGUCUGCAAACUCCAUAAAUCUCUCUAUGGACUUAAACAGGCCCCAAGGCCAUGGAAUAUGAAGUUGACUGAAGCUUUACUUCAUAUGGGAUUUCAGCAAAGCCAUUAUGAUUAUUCCCUGUUCACAAAGAAAGCUAGGAGUGACAUAGUGAUCAUACUGGUGUAUGUAGAUGAUCUUUUAAUCAGUGGGAACAACCAACAGUUGUUGUGUGAUACUAGGACAGAUCUCAAGAAAAGGUUCAAGAUGAAGGAUUUAGGAGAGCUGAAAUUUUUCCCAUGCAUUGAGUUUGCAAGGUCUAAACAAGGAAUUCUCAUGUGUCAAAUGAAGUAUGCUCUAGAGUUAAUAUCCGAGUCAGGUCUAAGUGGUGCAAAGCCUGCAGAAUCAUCAAGUAAGUUGACUGCUUACUGUGACUCAGACUGGAGGGCAUGCAUACAGACAAGGAGGUCAGUUACAGGGUAUUUAGUUAAGAUUGGCAGUGCACUAAUAUCCUGGAAGUCUAAGAAGCAAAGUACUGUCUCUAAGAAUUUCAACAGAAGCAGAAUUUAG